AUGAGUGAUAUAGAAAUUGAUACCAAGAUGUCAGAAAGUGUACAGACUGAAACAAUAACAAAGCCUGAAAAAAAUGCAGCCGAUAGUCCUUCUACAGCAAAAAAGAAUAGUAUUCUUAGACACCGUAAAGUACCCUCUGCCGAUUUAAACAAUAAAUCAGAUGAAUUAAUAGCGGAGAAAACUGAUUUAUUAUCUGGCCCUUCAAAUGGAAACAAUGAUGUGACUUGUAGUUUAUCCAAUGAAACAAAUGAAAACAUGGAUAUUGGUACUAUGGCUCAAGCAGAGUUUCAACAUGUUGCUGCUCAAGCCCGUGAUCUUGGCCGGAAAAUGUGGAAUGUGUGUAAUUUCCACAACUUACCUCAAUGGCUCCAGGAUAAUGAUUUCUUGCAUACAGGACACAGACCACCAUUGAAUUCAUUUCAGGCUUGCUUUCAAUCCAUUUUUCGAAUUCACACUGAAACUGGAAACAUAUGGACACAUUUGUUAGGAUGCAUUGCAUUUUUUGUUAUGACUUUAUACUUUGCGUCUAGACCUGAAGAAGAAUUAUCGUUUCAAGAUAAAUUAGUUUUCAUUAUCUAUUUUAUUGGAGCAAUUACUUGUAUGGGUUUUUCAUUUGUGUUUCAUACUGUUCAUUGUCAUUCAGAAACUGUUGGCAAAUUUUUCAGCAAAUUGGAUUAUUGUGGAAUUGCGAUACUGAUUAUGGGAUCAUUUGUGCCAUGGUUAUACUAUGGAUUUUAUUGUGAGCCAUAUUCGUGGAUGUUGUAUUUAGUUUUGAUUGUUGCACUGGGACUGGUGGCAAUGGUUGUAGCACUAUGGGACAAAUUCAGUGAUCCUGGUCUUAGGCCACUUAGAGCAGGUGUUUUUACUACAUUUGGAUUGAUUGGUGUUAUACCAGCACUUCAUUAUGGAGCUGUGGAAGGAUUCUUUUCUAACUUUACAUUGAUUAGUCUCGGAUGGCUAUUACUAAUGGGAUUUUUAUACAUUUCUGGUGCUUUGUUGUAUGCAUUAAGAGUACCAGAAAGAUUUUUCCCCGGAAGAUGUGAUUUAUUGUUCCAAAGUCACCAGAUAUUCCAUGUACUCGUUAUACUCGCAGCAUUUGUUCAUUACCACGGUAUUACAAAAAUGGCAGAAUACAGGCUGAGCAAAGGUGAAUGUGAAGUACGUCCUGCUGUUGUUUAGUACAAGAAUUUGGUAGGUGAUGGACUUCUUUAAAAUUAUACAACUGUUAGUUGUCCAAUUUAAAGGAGAACCAAGUUUCCAUGCUGACACAGAGAUGGUUAAAAUACAACUAUGUUAUUUAAUUCAGAUAAAAAUGUAUAACUUAAAAACCAAAAGAAAGAAAAUCGCAUUACAAUUUAGUUUUUGUUUUAAUGUAGUCAUAUACUUAAAUUAUAAUUUUGAUUACAAAAAAAAAUGUGCAUAUAUUUUUACUACUUAUACAUAUGUUUUAUAGUAUGUAUUAUUAUAAAAGUUCAUAGCAUACAUUUAUAAAUUCUAGUUAGAUUUCAUUCAUUAAUUAUAUUGACGUUACUAUCUUGUACAUUAUAUUAUUAGAGAUGAGAAUAAUGUAUCAACAACUAUUAAUACGUCUAAAUGUUGUUUGAGCAAUGGUAUUGGAAUAAAAAUAAUACUUCAUCACCCUCCCCAGAAAAGUAUUUAUUAAAAUAUUUUUUUAACUUAAUUAUUUUUAUGUAUCAAUAAUGCAGAAAUAUAAAUAACUUUGUUUCAUUUUUUUAUAAUUUGUGACAAAAAUAUAGAUCAUUGAAUUUUUAUAUUUAACACUUGGUAUUGGAAUUCAUAGAGCAUUUGGUACACCUUUAAUAUGUAUCUUAUGAACACUGUAACUAAUUUAAUGUUAAGCACCACUCAUAGUGUUGAUUAGAUAAAGAGUAUUUUCAUUUAAUGGGUCACUCUGUAUGUGUAUGUUGCUCGUAUUAUUGAUUAAAACUAGUGAACAAGGAAUUUGAAUUUGAAAAUAAUGAAAUAAUGAUUGAAAAUCAUACCUUAAGUAUACUCCAAGUAAUUUUUUUAUUUGUUAUUUUUUUAACGAGUUCUUACAAUACUUUCAUGUUUUUGGCGAUCCUCAACACAAUGUCCUGAGACUGCCCAUGGUCAAAUUACUGUUUUUCUUAUGUAGUCAUGUUCUUUUUAUGAUACAUUUUGAAUUAAUUAAUUUUUUUUUUAUUAUUAUUUUUUAUAUGUCAAAGGCAAAUAAUAUAUCAUUUGAUGCAAAUUUUUCUCCUCUAUGCCAUCAUAAAAAUAUAUUCAUUAUUAGUUUAUCUCCAAUGAAAUCCUUCCAUUGACAAAAAAAAAAGUUUUUAUGACAGCCUGCAGGCAUAUAGCGUAUGCCGUAUAAAUAAUGACAAGUUGUGACCGAUGGCAUCUGUAAAAAUACUCUUAUACCCUGAUACUGUUUGAACACUGUCCCAUUGCAGGCAACGUGUAGUUACUAUUCUAAAUUACAAAAUGAACGUCUUGAUAAUUGAAAACCAAAGGUGCAAUAAUAGUGUUUGCUCAAAAUUUCAUCAAGAGUGUACACUUUUUCUAUUUUAUUUAAACAAAAAAAGAAAAUUAAAAAUAUAGGUAUAAAUCAAAAUUUUUUAAAUUAUCGUAAAAUAUACUUUUGUCAUUAUUUUGACACUACUGUGGUUUUGAAUUUUGCUUGUCUCUCUAUAUUAGAAUGAUUAUUUUUUUCGUUAGUUGUGUAAUAAAUAAUAAUACAUAUUUUUUUUUGAAUUGAGUAAUAAAAUAUUUUUUUUUGUUUGAUGUAAAUUAAACAAAACCAAUGAGUUUAUGUAAAUUCUAGAAAAUAAACUAUCACAUAGUGUCAACAGCUAAGUUGAAAAAUUAAAUCAAAAUUUAGUUAUUAGAACAUUACAAAUACUAAAAAAUGUUAGUGUAUUAGUAUUUUUCUAAGUAAUCUUGACUAUUUUUAAGUCUUGCUUAAAAAUCAGACUAUUAUAAAACUAAGUUAAAUAAUAAUAUGUACCUAUGCAGCUUAUGAAAUGUUAACUAAUAGAAAACUCCACAAAUUGUAAUAAAGACGACAACGACAACAAAAAGAUAAUAUUGCUGUAUUAUUGUUAGUUAUUACAGUUAUAAUUUAAAUAUAAUAUAUUAUAUAACUGUAUAAGUGUUUAAAUAAUUCACUUGUGGAAUAUCACUGUGCCUAUCAGGAUUAUAGAUUAUCUAUAAUUGUGCUUUCUAUACAUCAGUUAUAAUUUAUAUUCAGUAAUAAUACGGAAUCUAUAUUUAUUGUUAUAAACUAGUUUUUGAAACAAGAAUUGUAACCGUGUUGUUUUUAUUUACUUUUUUUAACAGUUGUUUCAGUUUAAAUGAUAAUAUUACAAACCAUGAAUCUCUAAUCAUUUUACCCAAUUUGAUCAGUAAUUUUUUUUUUUAUGUAUACUUCUUACUGUGUUAAAUAUUAGUAUUUUUCAACUUUAAUUUUUUUUUAAUAGCAUAUGAUUUUAUCAUCAUAUUCCUAAGAAUAAUAUAUUUCUGAGGUUUUUGAUACACUUAUUAUAGAAAUCAAAUUUUGAACUAGUAGCUUAUAACUUUAAUGCAUUUUAAUUUUGAAGUUUUUCUGGUCGAGUGUGUACAUGAAUUUUGCAUGGGUUAGGACCCACUACUCAUUUUAAUUUUAAACACUAUAUUAAGUCUUAAAUAUUUAACUGUUGGUUCAAAGUUCUUAGAAAAAUAUUCUGCUUAGGACUUAAUCUAAAUAUAUUGUACGUUGUCGUUAAAAAUGUAAAAGUAAAUGUUUUGUAAUAAAUUCAUAGUUACACAUAUAGUUAUAACUUAUAAGAUAUACAUACACCACAUGUUGUACAAUUAAGAUUUUCUUGAAAAUCAUCUAUUAAUUAUCAUCAUUAUUAAAGGAAGGAAAUAUGUUGUUUGUAAUACGGAUGGGG